GCGGUAAGGCAACGAUAUCGCAACGAUACAUUAUAUCCAUUACAUUCGCCAUCUCGUCGGUACGCGGGCGACACAGUGUAUAGCAACAUAGACUUUGAUAAUAAUACGACAGUAGUUGUCAUCGUGUAUAAAGGUACCAAUUAUACACACGAAAAGGAGCGUGGGUAGCAACUAUCUAUCUCUGCUCCAAAAUUGCCUUUAUGUAUCAUACAUCGGACGACAUCUCGUCGUCAUCGUCGUUUUACAAUAUCAAACAUAUCCGUCUGUAAUCGAUGUCUGCCUAGUAUAUAUAAGUCUCGGUUUGAUUAUUCGCUCGAGUAACAGUGUCAAAGCCCCUGACGCCGCCGCCGCCGCCGCCACCGCAGCCGCGAAGCUCCACAUUUAUAGUCCGUCUCGUCGACUAUAUAGCUUAUAGCGCGAAAUCAUCGUAGUCAUCGUCGACGGAUUAUAUAAUUUUAUAAAAGUUGGCGCAAAAAAAAAAAAACGGAGAAGAAAAGAAGAAAUAGAUAGACGGAGGAGACGUUACAUAUUGCGCGCAGCGCACGGAUGGAGGAUAUCGUCGUGUACGCGCGAGACACAGCCAACUAAUUCGGAGCAGCACGCAGCUACAUAGCAGAGUGUGUGUGUGCUGUGUGUGCGUGACUCUGUGUACGCUGCAGACGUGUAUUGUAGAUAUAUAUAGCGUACACAUUGCACGCGCCAAUAUAUACCGAGGAACAGUAGUGGAACAGUAUAUAUAAUACCGACUGUGCGUGUGCUGCUGCUACGAGAGAGAGAGAAAAAGUGCGCGCUUUAUAUUAUUGUAUCUAUGCAGUGCGGUGUGCAUAAUGUACAGCAUAGAUAGCUAGGAUAAAAAAAGUUGGCAACGAGUCUGAUCGCCACUGCACACACGAGUGUGCAUGAUCGAAAAAGAGACACACACUUACUUCUUCGUUACAUUGAAUCGCAGAAUUUCAACUCGGCUCGAUUGAGAUUACAACAUUCGAGCUGUUUGAUACAUCGUGGCAUGCGUCGCGAUAAAGUGGUGCAUUAUACUUCGACCAUUUACAUAUCGUAAUUUGUCUUGGCAGUUCUUCUUUCUCUAUCUAUCUCUAUCUCUCUCUCUCAGUGCCGUGCUGCCGUGUGUUUGUGUGCGCGCUAUACGUGCAUUGAUGUCAGUUGGUGUGUUGUUGUAUUCUAUGUAAAUACACGCGUAUUGUAUACACGCACAUUUAAGCGGGACGACGGACGAAGCUCUGUGCUGGGCUGCUGUAGUGUACCCGACGAACGUGUGUACGUGUGUGGCGUAGGAGAGAUGUUAGACAACAAAACGGCAUGCUGCAGCAGCUGAGCCGCCGAGUGUCUGGCCAAGAAGCUCCGUGCCGAGAUAGAGAGCAUAAGAGAGGAAGAAAUUCGCGAUAAAUCCGCAACGUCCGUAUUACGAUGCUGAUGUUCGUGCUGGUCGGCGAGCAAAGUGAGGUUAAGGCUUGAUAGUAGAGAGAGAGAGAGAGAGAGAAAGAGCGCAAAAACACAUCGAUUUGUUGCUGCAAUUCGCUCGCAGGCUGAAAACACGAUUUUAUUUUAUUUUGAAUUUUUUUUCAUUAGAGGAGAAAAAAAAAGACGCGAGAAUAAUCGUUCGGGCGAUAAGUGCAGUGAUAAUAGUUCGAUCGUGACGCAAUCGAACAAUUAUGGGCCAACGGCCUAAUACAGAUGCCGAGGGUGAUGUCUUGUUGUCGUCGAAACGCCAGGGUCUCACCGCUUCAAUGACCUCGUCGACGUCCAACGAUUCGCCCUUAGUCAGAUUAAUGAAAAACAUACUACACUUUCUAAAAUGUCUUUGCAGAGUGGCAUUUGUACUGAUAAACAAUGUGUACUGCAUACCCACUUAUGUUAUUUGGAUGAUGUUUCUGCUGCCUGUCAAAGCAUAUCACCCACAAACGUAUUGGCGCAUAGAGGGUCUUUUUUUCCAUUGGCUGUUAGCAAUGGUAUCUAUGUGGAGUUGGUCAGCUGGUUAUGAUGUUGUGGAACAAGGUGAUGAUAUUAGUAGAAUCAUUCAUGAUAGAACGCUGGUCAUAUCAAACCACCAGAGUACUGGUGAUGUUCCUAUUUUAAUGGCCACUUUCAACGCUAAACCUAAUGUGCUGCCUAAUCUCAUGUGGAUCAUGGAUAGGAUAUUUAAAUAUACUAACUUUGGAGUAGUAUCUCUCUUACAUCAUGAUUUUUUCAUUGCAUCCGGCCGAAAAAAAAGGGAAGAAAGCUUACGCCAGCUACAAAAACAUCUGAAGGAAUCGUACGUACCAUUACAAAGAAAAUGGAUGGUAUUAUUUCCAGAAGGUGGAUUUUUGUGUAAAAGAAGAGAAACAUCACAAAAGUAUGCUAAGAAAAAUAAUCUUCCUAUUUUGGAAAAUGUAACUUUACCAAGAGUAGGAGCAUUACAAACAAUAUUUGAUAUUGUUGGUCCUGUUCAAAAUAAUAACUCUUCUGAACAACAAAUAAAUACAAGAUCUGUAAUGUCAGUGGUCAAACCUGAAAUAAGAUGGAUUUUAGAUAUAACAAUUGCAUAUCCACAAGGAAAACCAAUAGAUUUAUUUACAAUGAUUACUGGCAGUCGACCUCCUUGCCAAACUGUACUAUUUUAUAGAAUUUAUCCUACAUCAAUGGUACCUAAAGAGCCUGAGCAGCUAUCUAAGUGGCUGUAUGAUAGGUGGGCUGAAAAAGAAGCCCUUCUUGACAAUUUUUAUAAAUAUGGAACAUUUGAGGGUACUCAAAGACUAAAUACUGAAGAUUCGAAAGUUCAACAAGAUCUGUUACGUUAUCUAGUUAUUCACUUAUUCUUCAUUACGUCUAGUUACAUUCACUAUGGUAUGUUUCAAUAUGUGUUAUCUUAUUUUUGGUAAUUUGAAUACAAUGAAUAGACCAAAUUCAAGAUGAAAGACUUUGAUGACAAAGAUUCAAUGAAUCUUAAAAUUAUUACCUUUGUGCAAAGAAUAGUUAUUAUCUUUGUGAUCCAAAUGAUUUGUGAGUGAUUAUUUGGUAGGUACUAAUGUAAAGUGUUUGAAAUGCUGAUAUAAUCAAGCCAUAAUUAACGAUUAAAUUUUAAUUUCGUGUUUCCUAUUCUAAAUACAUUAAAAUUUUUUCAUGAACAUGAAUACUAAACAAACUUGCUAAAUAAGCCAAAAAUAUCCGAGAUUAAAAUGAAAUACAAUUAUCUGAUAUAUCUUGAUACGAUGUAAAACUAAGUUUAAUUCUGUUUCGUCUCGAUUAGUGUGAUUGAAUUGAAAUUAUUUAAUUUAAGCUUAUUUUUCUUGAUUUCUAUUUACGCGUUUUUCGAGUUUAAAGUUCCUACAGUUCGAAGGAACAUUAAUGAAUGAAUGUUUUUCGAUUCAGUAUUGAAAGUACUGGAAUAAAAUCCGUAUAAAGCUUGAGAUUUGAAAAUAAAAUUUUAAAAGCAUAAAUAUCAUUAUGAAAUUAUUGUAACGAACACCAAUUGAAAUGUGUGAUUGCACUAAAAAUGUAGCAUAAUGUUGUUGAGCGAAAGCGAACGUUUUUCAGCAGAAACAGACUAGCCCUAGUUUAAAGGGAAGAAAAGAUAUUUUAGCAGAUUUUUUAACAAUUAUUUUUUACCAAAACACUGCGCUAAAGGUUAUGCAGAGGCUUUUUUUACAUUAUUAAUUAAUAAUCUUUACGGAUGAAUAUGUGAUUAAAAGUUUGUCCUUGCGGUUACGCAUUGUCAGGACAUUCAUUUUCCUACAAAAAAGUGAUUGCUCAAUAACACUAAAUAAAAGUCUCGACAGAUUGAAUUGGUUAAAAAAGCGCUGGAACAAAGUUUGUACGGAAAAAGACAACUUUUUGUCAAUUAGCUUUAUUAUAAAUAGUCUUGUACAGGAAUAAAAAAAUCAUCACAACCAGGAAUUGAUUUUAAUCUCGUAUCGUAUAUUAUAGUUAUAAAACGAAAUAUAAUUCUAUGCACGUAUUACUAAUAUAUCUGCCAUGAAAUGUUUGUUUUAAUUGAAAAAAAUGAAAAGAAGAAAACGAAAAAAAAUACUAAUUGAUUCAAAGAUUUUAUGAUUCAUUGAAAACUAUACUUUCAACAGAACAAUGGAUGAAUUAAUCUUGUAAAUUUUUGUUCUCAUCUAUAAUUAUAACUGAAGGGUUGUUCUAUCAAUCAAUAAGUUAUUUGCUGUGAAUUAUAAUGACGACAUUUCAAAUUGAUCGUGCCUUGCUCUUGCUAGCAAUUAUAUAUACUUAUAUGUAUACAGUAUAUCACAUUUUGUAAAUAGAAUUUUUUCGUAAGCUCCAAGAGCUUUGCAAGUAUACAUGCGUUAUACAUGUUACGAGUGUAUAAAUGAGCAUUUACGUAAAUGAAAAUGUAUGUGCGCCUCAAUGUACACACGAAUCAAAACAAAAAUAGAAAAAUCGAUGUGUUUACGAUGCGUCGAAAACGAUAAAAAAGUGAUUCUUUAUAUGGAAAAUUACAAGAGUUAAUUAGUUUUUUCACUCUAGCAAAAUAAAAAAGAUGAUUAUGGUGGGAAUCGUACAUAUUAAAAAUGAGCGAAAAAAAGUAAAAAAUUUUUACCGACCAUCUUACAAAUAAUUCACUAGAUUGCUAUGACUACUAAUAAUUAAUUCAAUGUAUAUUUUAUUAUCAAUGAGCUCAUAACAAAAGAUUUUAGAUGUUUGUAGCUUAAUGGAUUCUUGACGUAACUUCAUAAAAGUUUUCAUCAAUUUUUCCGUGAUAAUCUUGCAUUAUGUGAAAAGAAGAGCUUUUAAUUUUUUUCUACAAUCUAUUUACGAUUCACUUAGCUUUGUGUACUAUUCAGAACUACAGAAGUUAAUUGUUUUUAACAUAUUUUUAUAAAUAAUAUUUCGAAAAUUGUGUGAUAAUUGCGUAUCUUUUUCUGUGUUAACAUCACAUAAACGUAGGUGUAUAAAAAUCUCGAAUAUGGAUUACUAUACUAUUUGUCGUAAUUUUUACACGAUAAGCUUCACUAAUCACAAGAUCGACGGAAAUUAUUACCGAUUUUAUUGUUUUUAUAUACUAGUAUAAUAUGCAUCAAAAGCAAUUUUUUCUGAGUUGUGAGUUGUGUGUGUAUAAAUAUUAAGGAUCAAAGUGCAGUGAUUAAUUGAAUUUAAGUAAAUCAUUGUAUUAUAUGAUGUACCUAUCUCGAUUUAUUAUUGAUUGUAAAUGCAUAAUAUCACAAGUCACUCGUGCGCAUAAUUUCUGUAGAUUUUCAAAUAAUAUUGUUAGUGAUUUCUUUACAGAUUGUUAAGUUUUCUACUUAUGAAUCCAAUUUUUUAUAAGUUCUGGUAUGAUAUUUACUAGCUUUCACGUAAUUUUCUGCACUGAAUUUGCCUUUAAAGGUCGAAUUUUCAAAAAGUUAUGCACGUAUGCGUAAAAAACUUCAGCCGUUCAUGUGCUUUUAUAAACGAUAUCGUAUGAUAAGCAAGUACUAAAAAUUUACUGCUAAAAGUAUCAACAGUGUACAGUACAUAAUAUAUAUAAAAAAAUCUUAAGCAUAUGUAUUAUAAAAAAGUAAAAGCAAUGAGACAUGCGCAAAAUACUUAUUGUAUACGUUCAUAAUUGUUUCAAGGUUCUCAAAUGUAUUAUAUCACUGUUUUUUCUUUCGGUCCACGAUUUUUCCUCGUAAGUUAAUAACGAAAAAAUAAGACAAAAAAUGCAACGUCUAACGACGACGGUGUAGAACAUGAUGUAUUUUUACAAAGCUAUCGCGGAAGGUGAAAAAAAAGUAAUGGGGUUCGACAAGCAACAAUUAUACUUGUAGAUUACUAAAGACCAACGAAACGGCAUCAAUAGCUGUGGACAGAGUGAGAUGAUAUUGCACUAAUAAGACGCGUCAGAUAGAAAGUCUGUGAGUUUUAAAUCAAGCAAGCAUAAUACUAAUGAAUAAUAAAUUGUAUGAAAUCAAA